CUUUGAAGUUGCGAGCAGGUCUUGACGCUUAAACAGUAAGUGAGUGUGACCAUUUCUAUGUUGUGCAAAUGAAGCAUGGCUACUCAACAGUCUCAGGAGGUAUUUAGGGACAUGGAUUCUGACAAUAGGAGCAACUCCUUCUUGAAAACAAUGAGGAAGUUCAACCUGCAUCAACUUUUUUCCUGGCAACUGGCCAAGACCUUGGCCAUGGGGCAGGGUCUGGCUGCACUCAUCUGUGGCACAGCCAUCACUUCCCAGUACCUGGCGACAGACUUCCACGUGGAUACUCCGAUGCUACAGAGCUUCCUAAACUAUGUGUUGUUGUGUGUUACCUACACUCCGAUAUUGGUCUGCAGACAAGGGGAUGAAAAUAUUUUACAGAUUCUCAAAAGUAAGUGGUGGAAGUAUGUCCUGCUGGCUCUGGUGGAUGUGGAGGCCAACUACACCGUGGUUAAAGCUUACCAGUACACCACCCUCACCAGUGUUCAACUGCUGGACUGCUUCGUGGUCCCAGUCCUCAUGGUCUUGUCCUGGUGGAUUCUGAAGACCCGCUUUAAGCUGGUGCACUAUGUUGCUGUGUGCAUCUGUGUGCUUGGAGUGGGAACUAUGGUGGGUGCUGACCUGCUGGCUGGACGAGACCAGGGCUCCACUGCAAACAUCUUGUUAGGCGAUGGGCUGGUCUUGCUCAGUGCCUCGUUCUAUGCAGUCUCAAAUGUGUGUCAGGAGUACACUGUGAAGAACCUGACUAGGGAGGAGUUUUUGGGCAUGGUUGGCCUGUUUGGCACCAUCAUCAGCACUAUUCAGAUGGUGAUUCUGGAGCGCACUGAAAUUGGUGCUAUCCACUGGAACUGGAAAAUUGGGCUGUUGUUUUGUGGCUUUGCUUUGUGCCUGUACACACUCUACAGCUGUAUGCCCAUCGUGAUAAAGCUGAGCAGUGCUACUUCAGUGAAUCUGUCUUUAAUGACUGCAGACCUGUUCAGCCUCUUCUUUGGGAUCUUCCUCUUCCAUUACAUGUUCUCUGGACUUUACCUGGUCUCCCUGGUCAUUAUCCUCAUUGGCUCCAUAUUGUUUAAUGCAGUGCCAACUCAAACUGACCCUGCAGACCCCCUUCCAUCUGUCUGUGAGGAGGGCUUCUAUGAAAACACAGUGGCAACUCUAAAUUACUUCACAAACCAGGGGACUGUCCUGAGAUUGGACAGAAAGGAUGCCCAAGAGGAGAAUACAAGUGCCUCAAGCAGAACUCCUAAACAUGAAGAGCAGUCUUACCAAAAUUACAAUGCUGAUGUUUCAUGUAGCACUAAACUGUAA